AUGUCCACCCUCCCUCCUGAUCCGUCCACGGACGAAAUCAUGGACGAUCUUCAGCUGCAUCAUGUUAUUCUCCAGAGUCUAGACGAACAACGACCUGGAUCGAUCGCUGAAAGGGAAGAGAUCCUGGAUGUCAUCAAAGACUUGGAGGCCCGACUGGCGGAACGUCGAGUCGAACAGCCUAGAAUAAAUAGCCAAACCAGCCCAUCUCCUCAUCCGUCUCUGCCAGGCUCAGACAUGUCUCAUGCUCAGCUGGAUGGCGGCAUUGAUUCCAGCCCAUUUGAUUCCCCCGCACCACCCCGGUGGGGAGGGCAAUCCGCUGCCAUGCCUGCUCCAUCGCGGAUGCCGCAGCUUCGCUAUCGUGCAGAUUGGAAUAACCACGCCCAGACCCAGGGGCCUUUGUCUAUCCGCAAGCGUACGCGUGACGACGUCGAUUUUUCAGACGGUCCAGAGCAACCAUCUAAGCGUGUUACAAGCCAUUUACGCUCUUUAUCUUCUAGUCCAUUAUCUACUCCCAGAAGUAGCCAGAUGGAGAGACUUGGACAGGAUUUUGGCGAUAGCGCCGAUGAUGAGUUGCAUAGAAUUUUGGGCUUGGAUAGCCGUGAUACCUUACUCGAACUCCAGGAAGAACAGAGAAAAGCAGAGGAAUACCUCGCAGAGCGAAAGGAACAGGAGCGCCGCGAUGAAGAAUAUGCUCGGAGACUGACGGAAGGCUUGUACGAACAGUCACGACCAGAAUCGGCUCGAAGCUCCUCGACAGCCUAUUCGGGGUCGUCUCUUCCAUUCCCUACAGUUACUUCUCCGACAAACGGACUAAAUCAGAGAGAAGCUCUACGACUUCCUAGCUUACACCAAACUGGUCUUUCGAGUAUGCGCAGUAAUGAUCUUCCCCGUCCAACUUUUGGGCAGCCCUCGCUUCCUGGUAUGAACCAGGCAAGACAUCGACAGCCUCCGUCAACCCCAUUUCGCGAUAGUGAUGAUAGCGAUGUUGCAGAGAUCACACCGCAUGAUUUCCGUCGCCACCACGCUCCACCCGCAUUCCGCCCCAGAGAAAUUUAUCCCAAGCCUGGAAGCCCUCCGGCUAUGUAUGUGCCCUCUCAACCUUUCGGGGGCGAGGCAUCGGGCUUUCGUGGUCCAGGGCAAUUCCCUCCCUCGUAUCCUUCUCUGGGACCCGUACCGGGCCCAAGUUCAAUUCGAGAUCCAGGUCCCAUGUACGGUCCAAAUGUUUUGCAAAAUACAAUGGCCAGGCUUAAUGCUGGAAGAAAUCUACUCGAAAAUGCGGGGAGAUCUCUCUAUGGGGGAUUCCCUGGUCCUCUCCCAUCCUCCUCUCCCUUUGACAAUUUUGUCGCUGGGAGACUUCCGGAUCUCGAAUUCGAUCAAUCCAUUAUGCAUUUGAACGACCUGUACGAAUCUGGAGGAGAUCCAAAGAAAAUUAACGAAGAGAUCAAACAAUUACUCGAAAAUAUCAGACCUGACUCGGAGCUGACCAAGGAGAAUCGCGAAGGCACACCGGAAGCUCUUAGGUAUCCUCUAUUAGAGCACCAGAAACUGGGUUUGACCUGGAUGAAAUCGAUGGAAGAAAGCGAACAGAAAGGUGGCAUUCUUGCCGAUGAUAUGGGUCUAGGAAAGACAGUACAAGCUAUCGCUCUUAUGGUGUCCAACCCGUCUACUGAUCCCGAGCGGAGACCUACUCUGAUUAUCGCCCCCGUCUCUCUGAUGCAGCAGUGGAAGCGGGAGGUUCAGAGGAUGCUCAAGUCCGGGAGACACCAGCUUUCCGUGUACGUUUUACACGGUGACAAACGGUCUGCGGGUUAUAAAGAUGUCAAGAAUUACGAUGUUGUCCUCACCACAUUUGGAACUCUGUCUUCUGAGUUGAAACGAAAGGAAAAGUAUGAUGAGCUGCAGAAAUCUGGUGCCAACGAACAAGCCUUGUCUCGAGAGAUGCUGCAUACCUUGCCUGUUCUUGGACCCCAUAGCAAAUGGCAUCGUGUCAUCAUAGACGAGGCUCAAUGCAUCAAGAACCGGAAUACAAAAUCAGCCCUGGCCUGCUGCCGUAUCAAUACCACGUACCGGUGGUGUAUGAGUGGUACCCCUAUGAUGAACAACGUCGAAGAACUGCACUCCUUGUUGAAAUUCCUUCGCAUCCGGCCAUACAACAACCUCGAGAGAUUCAAUACUGAAUUUACGCGACCGUUGAAGAGCGGCAGUGCUGCCAACCAGGAAAAAGCGAUGAAACAGCUCCAAGUUCUACUCAAGGCAGUUCUUCUGCGGCGAACUAAGUACUCGAAGAUCGACGGUAAACCAAUUUUGCAAUUGCCGGAGAGGAUUUCAGAAAAGGUUCACGCUGUGUUCAGUGAGGAUGAACAGGCGUUAUACACAGCGCUGGAGACUCGAACACAGCUUCAAUUCAACAGAUAUCUCCAAGCUGGUACCGUGGGCCGAAACUAUUCCAAUGUUCUCGUUCUGCUUCUCCGACUUCGACAGGCAUGCUGCCACCCGCAUUUGAUAACGGACUUUAGUGUUGAAACCAACGCCAACACAGAUGAGCUUGAUCUCGUUGCGAAUGCUAAAGCAUUUGGGGAGGAUGUUAUUGUCCGUCUGAGGGAUAAUGAGGACAUGGAAUGUCCCAUCUGUAUCGACGCCGUCGACAACCCAAUCAUUUUCUUCCCUUGCGGACAUAGCACCUGUGCUGAAUGUUUCUCGAGAAUUUCCGACCCUAGUUUGUCGGUACAGCAAGGCCACGAUGGUUCGGUGGAAGUGAAAUGCCCGAAUUGUCGUGGUAAGGUCGACCCAAAGAAGAUCACAGAUCAUGUUUCCUUCAAAAAGGUCCACUUUCCCGACCCCUCUGAGGAGGAAGACCCGAUUGUGCCUCUGAAGCCAGCACCUGAGGCCGAAGACGACAGCGAUGACGAUGAUAGCGACGAUGAAGGCCUAACCCGUUUCAUUGUGAAUGACGACGAAGAAAGCGGUUCUAGCAAAUCCAAGGGCAAAAUGGCCAAGAAGCCCAAGAGAACUCUGGCAGAUCUCAAGAAGGAGGCCUCGAAGAACCAGAAGUCGAAGCGCAAGUAUCUGCGUCGUCUUGAGAAAACUUGGAUACCUAGCGCAAAGAUUGAGAAGACUCUCGAGCUUCUUCAGGCGGCUUACGAUCGUGGCGAGGGCGAGAAAACCAUCAUUUUCAGCCAGUUCACCUCUCUCCUCGACUUUCUUGAAGUCCCAAUUGUCCGACGAGGAUGGGGAUACCGGCGCUAUGAUGGAAGUAUGAAGCCUGCGGACCGUAACUCGGCUGUCUUAGAUUUUACCGACAACCCUGAUUGCCGGAUCAUGCUUGUCUCUCUGAAAGCUGGGAACUCGGGUCUGAACCUCGUCGCUGCUUCGCAAGUGAUCAUCUUCGAUCCAUUCUGGAACCCAUACAUCGAGGAACAGGCCAUCGACCGUGCUCACCGCAUCGGGCAGCUGCGAGAAGUCCACGUCCACCGAAUCUUGGUUCAGAAUACGGUAGAAGAUCGAAUUCUUGAACUCCAAGACAAGAAGCGAGAACUUAUCGAGGGAGCUCUUGACGAGAAGGCAGGGAAGAAUGUGUCCAGACUGGGAACAAGAGAAUUGGCCUACUUAUUCGGCGUCAACUAG